AUGGAUUUUGUGCAACGCAUGCGACGUGCUCCACCAGCGGCGGGUGCCGCUUGCUGGGUCCGAGAAGACCCAGCCGACACCAAGCCUUCUGGUGGGGAUGAUGGAUGCGAGGGGCUGCUAGGUCUGCCAGCUUUCUACACAAUACGGGCAGCGACCCAUGUGCAAAUUUUCUCUAUAUCACGUAAAUAUUUACUGCACGCCAUAGAAAUACCGCAGAUCAAGGAUGCCAUUGAAUUUGCCAAGGAACAGCCGGAAUACAGUCGCUUGCAAGUACGCAGCCAGCCAUUUUUGUCGUACCGGCCGCCUGAUCCAAUACCCAACGUAGAACGCUUCCGCCUGCCGAGGAAGCACGAGCCAGAUUACGCUUUUUUACACCCGUUCCAUCGGCUCGGCUUUUUAUCUGUAUUGAGGUAUAUAUUCCCGCGGUUCACGAUCCGUCCGGAUGGCGAGUAUCUGAUGCGGACAGAGUGGGUGCGCGCGGGCUGCGCACUGCUUUCUGCGCUCCUGUUCCCCAGCUACACGUACCUGGAGCUGCACGCCAAUUGGCUCUACUAUUUUGGGAUCCUACUCGACGCGGCCGCGUACUUCGACAUAGUACAACGUAUGCUGGUGGGAUACUACAAUGAGAAAGGCAUCUUGGUGUACCACCCGGCUAGCACCGCCGGCCACUACCUCAGAGGCGCCUUCCUCGUUGAUCUCUUCGCUUGCCUGCCGUUAGAAAACCUCGAUACGUAUAUGUGGGAAGUGUAUGGUAACAGUGAAUGGCAACGUCUGUCAGUGAUGGGGCCGUUGCUCAUGCUGAACCGUCUGGUGCAGCUCUACCGGCUGCCGGCCGCCAUACAAGGCCUCGACCGAUACUUGCGCCGCGACAUCGUGCUUGUGGACGUGCUAGCCCACUACGGCUACAGCUGGGACAAAAUGGGAGGCUUGGACUACCGUAACGUGUUGAAGCUCUGUGACCAGAUCACUUUACGUACUGACGCCAUAUUGGAUAUCUACGGUUCUACUUUCGCUAUGUGUCCAAUCCUGAGCCAAUGCGACGUGUCUCUGCUUCGCAUCAUCGGCCGUGCAAUGCACAGCGUCCAUUUCCUUCAAAACACACGAAUAAUUGAAAACGAUGACGUUAUCAACGACAUAUUCUUUGUAGACUUUGGCAGCGUAGAACUCAUUUACAAAGAAAGUGGAGCGUUUCAGGCUGUAGAAUUGACUAAAGGCAGUAUAUUCGGUGAACUGGAUGGCGCUCCAUCGUUCCGAUCACCGGUGUGCUUAGUGUCGUUGAGUAAAGUACAUCUGCUGCAAAUUAAUGCCACUGCUUUUUAUAAAAUUAUCAGUGACUUCCCUGAUGUUGUACAACUCUUGAAGUCGUAUCGGCCAAAUAAUGAGAAUUAUGUAUUAGGAAUAACGGGUGGGAGGUCCUCGAUCAUUAUAAAAGAUCCCAGACCCAUUUCUUCUAUAAUACCGAUGCGAAGGCGCAAGGGCCUUUUCAAAUUUCUCCACUUUAAUAACGCGAUGGUGCAACUGUAUCUGGUAGUCGUGUCUUUGCUCUGCAUCCAUGGUGACGUCUACAACGCUGGGUUUCAAGAUAAUAGGAUAUUAUUGAUUCUAGUCCUCUAUUUAUUGGAUCUAGGAUUCUGCUUUAAGUUUUUGAUUCCUUACGCUAUGCCGGAUAUUGCUGAAAAGGACGAUGACGUUAUAAGAGUUCUGUUGGAAGAUAGACAAAGGUAUUAUAAUUACGAAUUUAAAUUCGACGUUUUAUCCUGCGCUCCUUUGGAAUUAUUUAGCUUCUUGAGCUAUAAUCACCGUGGGAUGUUAUUUUCUAUGUUCCGAUUAAAUAGGUUGUUUAGAGUUAUAACGGUGUACAAGGGCGUCAGUCGCCACCACGAAAGGCUCUCCAUCAAUAUAACGCUGAUGACCAUUUACUCGGUGUUCGUCUGGUUCACGCUAUUCGUGCACGUGACCACGUGCCUCUGGUACUUCCUGGGCCAUAUUCAGGACAACGUCCAACCCAAGUCUUCGUGGAUUUAUAAGAAUGACGGCAGUUCCUGGUGCAAUAACCUGUAUAUUUGUUCACUAUACUUCGUUCUUACAACCUUCACGCAGAACGGUGUCGGCGAUAUCAUGCCAAAUAAUCGGGCUGAGGUUGUAUUUGUGUCCGUUCUACAAGUGAUCUCCACGAUGGUCUUCAUGAUUUACGUUGGCGAGUUCUCCAACAUCAUUCAGUACCAGUCUUACCGCUCGUUCGGCUUCUACAGCAAGUAUUUGGAGCUUCAGUUACAAGGUACUAUGCAUGAGCUACCUUACAUGCAUUCAUACUGCACACUUACAAAAUGUCAAAUUCUCACAUUGGACCUGAACGAUUGGGAAGAACUUUUAAAACAUUUUCCAGCAAGUAAGGAACGUAUCUAUCGAAAUUUGAAUCUCGACGGUAGUCCUCCCAAUCCUAAAAAACAUAAAAGGGACACCAAAGGCAAAAAAGUUCGUAAAGUCGCAAUCGUAAAAUCUUAUAAUGAAGUUCCUUCUGACCAUAUCAGUGACAAAGCAACUGAACCAAUGGUUACUUCUCCAACUGAACAUAAAUAUACAGAGUCAGAAUCAACUGAUAAUCUUGAAGAGAUGUCACCGUUCCCAUCUGAAGAAUUAAUGUCGACAUUGUUAUCCGAACCUGCAGCAACUAAUUUAAUAUCAGAAGAAAUAAUGCUUAAACAAAUUUCUGGGUCUCUUGAUGACAGAUCCAAGUUAGACAAAAGCGAUAUACCAAAACAAAUUGAUAACCGAAAAAUAAGUAGUAAAUCUUCAAAAGAACAUGAUCAUACAAUUCCAAAAAUAGCAUCUAUUGGAACAUUGCAAGGCACACAAGCUACGACAUUUUCAAACUUUACUAUCCUUAGCAUCGAUUCAACUAAUGCAGAUAGUUUACUUCAAUUAGAGGAUGAAGAAAUUACUUCUAAUCUUAUAGCAAAACUUGACAGAGGCAAUAAACCUACAGCAAGUACAUCAAAUGAUUAUAAAACUAGCGAAACAGGUAAGAAAAAUGUGAAAGAAGUAAAAUAUGCAGAAACCGAUGAAGACAAACAAAUUUCUAGCUAUGAAAUGAAAACUGUAGAAGAGUAUAUACUAGAACGCCAGGAACCAGAGAAUUCUAUAUCCUUAGAACAACAAAAGGCAAAAUUCUUACCAGAAAGGAAAGAACUAGAUAAUCUUCCAACAAGUACGCGCGCCAACAGAUAUUUGUACCACAUUCGUUAUAAAGAUGAAAAUACUAAAGAAGCAUCUCUUGAUGAAAGUGUUACCAAGAAAGUUUCUUCGGAUGAUAUGUCAUCCAACCGAAUAAAAACAAUGUCACCUAAUAGCGAAACAACUGAUGAUUCGAAAGAAAAAAAUGAAAACACAGAAUCUAUUAAUGACCGCAAAAAUAUGAAACAGAGCAAAAAGAAAGACGACUAA